UCUCUGCGAGGGGAGGCCUGUGUGCGAUUCGCGUGCCGUGCCGCCUGCAUCAGCCUGCGUCUCCGUCUCGGCCUGCGUCGCUUGCAGUGCAGCGUGCGGCAGCGUGCGUCGCCGUGGUGCCUGUCCAGACCUCGGUCCAGACCGUCCGGGCUGUCCAGUCUGUCCAGUCGGUGGGUGCGUGCGUCAGUGCGGUAGGGCGCGUCCGCGUGCGCGCGUGUCCGUGCGUGUGCACACUGUGCACGUCCAAGCCAUGUUCAACUACCUCAAGGAGAGCCUCCUGCGCGGGGCGAACGGCGGCGCCAAUGCAGCUGCCGCAGCACCCGCGGCCGCGGUGGCCGCCGCGCCUGCAGCCGCCGGCACUGACGAGGAGCUGCAGCGGCUGCGGCGCCGCGAGGCCGAGCUAGAGCAGCGCGUCCGCGAGCUGGAGGAGGCCGCCGCCGUGCUGGCCGCGCAGGGCCCCGUCCCCGCCGCGGCGCCGGCAGCGCCUGCCAAGGACCUCACGGACACCAUCGCCAAGCUGGAGCGCGAGCUGCAGCUGCGCACCGAGGAGCGCGAGAACUACAAGAACCACCUGCAGCAGCUGGAGAAAGAGCUGGCCACCUCGAAGCAGGCCCUGAAGGACGCCGAUGCGAAACGCGCCGACCUCGCCGCCCAGGUGGCCCAGCUGAGCGAGAAGAAGAAGGAGAGGGAAGAGCUGACGUCCAAGCAGGACCAGCAGAUCCAGGCCCUCCAGAACCAGGUGGCGUCGCUCAAGGAGGUGCAGUCCAUCACCAAGAGCUUGCUGGACAUUCGGAACAUGGAGGUGACCCACCUCCAGGAGGACAUGGGCUCCAUGGAGGGCAAGCUGGCCGACGAGCGGCAGCGGCAGCAGCUCAUGUCGCAGCGCGCGGAGAAGGCGGCCACCCUGAACGCCAAGCUCAAGGAGGAGUACGAAACGCAGAUGAAGCUCUUCCAGGACCUCAAGGGCAAGUACGACGAGAAGGUGUCGGCGCUGUCCCGGGAGAACGAGCGCCUGCAGUCCUCCGUCAGCGCGAAGACCGGCCAGCUCGCCGGCGAGGCCAUGCUGGUGGCGGAGCGCGCGGGGGCCGGACUCAGCGAAGCCAAGACCGCCGCCACCGACAAGGUCAGCUCCAUCUUCGGGGACGCCAAGUCAGCAGCCGGCAAGGCGGGCUCGGCUCUCGGAGACGCCAAGACGGCAGCCGCCGACAAAGUUAGCGCAGCCGUCGAGGAGGCGAAGACGGCCGCGGAGAAGGCCGGCACCGCCCUGAACGACGCCAAGUCCGCCGCCACCGAGAAGGUCAGCGCGGUCGUCGGAGAGGCCAAGUCCGCCGCUGGAAAGGCGGGAGCAGCCCUGAACGACGCCAAGUCCGCCGCCACCGAGAAGGUGACUUCCGCCAUCGGCAGCGCCAAGUCAGCCGCCGAGUCCGCCAAAACCACCGCCACGGAGACCGUCGGCGCCGUCAUCGGCGAGGUCAAGUCCACCGCGGAGAAGGCCGGCACCGCCCUGUCCGACGCCAAGGCGGCGGCCUCCGAUAAAGUCAGCACCGCCGUCAGCGACGCCAAGUCCGCUGCGGAGAACGUGAAGGCUGCUGCCAGCGAAAAAGUGAGCUCGGCCAUCGAGGACGCCAAGGCCGCCGCCGAGAGCGCCAAGAGCGCCGCCAGCGAGAAGGUCGGCGUGGUGCUGGGCGAGGCCAAGAGUGCCGCGGGCGCUGCCGCGGAGAGGGCAGGCGCCGCCAUCGGCGACGCGCGGGCCGCGGCCACGGAGAAGGUCGGCGCGGCCCUGAGCGGCGCCGUGUCCACCGCCUCCGAGAAGGCCAGGACCGCGGCCGGCGAGAAGAUGGGCGCCGUGCUGGGCGGCGUGGGCAAGGCGUCCGAGGCCGCGACCGGCAAGGCCAAGACAGCCAUCGGCGAGGCCGACAAGGCCGUGGACGCCGUCGGCAACGCGUUCGGCAAGGCACUGGACUCCGUCUUCCUGCCCAAGUUCGGCGAGAAGUGA